AUGAAAAAAAAAAAUUUCGCACCACUUUCUUUUCUUUGGUUAAUUAUGUCUGACAAUAUUUUGAGAGAUAGGUUGGGGCCAGAGAAGUUUGAAAAGGCCGUUGAGUUUUAUGAUGCAGAUCAGAAGUUGACUCCAGAAGAUAGAGUACAAAUACGUGAUGAUUUGAAGCUGGUUUUGGUGGGCGAUAAUCUUGCAAGUUAUGGGUCCGGAUUGAUCGGGUUUCUAAUGCCCACUAUAUAUAUGAGGUUUUUCAAGAAGGGGCUGGUCAAUGCAAAGUCGUUUUUUCAGAAACCGUUAUUGUCGGGGGCAAUUGGGGUAGCCAAUAUGAUGGUGACACACCGGAUUUACUCCAAGAAGUUGUUUGAUGAGAAAGUUAGCCUGGGGUUACCGGAACGACAAUUGAAUGUAUGGAAAGCAAUGGAACAGCGUCUGUUGGGGGUGUAUAUGUUUUAUUAUGCCAAGACGGCCCAGGAUCCAAAGUUUAAGUUGGAAGAUCCCAGAGAGUAUACGGAGGAGAACCGGCUCAAAGUGAGAUUUGAUCCAGAAAAAUAUAAAGAAGGUCAUCCUCACGACGAGUUAUCGACGUGGGACAGGAUCCGUCUUUCCAAUGGGUAUGACAUAACUGAAGAAAAGUCGGCCUGGGACGAGAUUAGGAGUAAAUAG